CCCGUUCGCCGAUAAACGGAUAGAAGAAGGAGACCGAGGAAACGACGCUGCUGCUACAUGCUACAUGCUACAUGCUAACGCCGCUAGCUGGAGGACGCAGUUGUUAGUUUUUGGUAGAAAGAUUCAACAUGGCGACGCCGGUGUCUGUGCUCCGUCUGCCCAAAGGACCGGACCCCAACAGCCGUGGCUUUGACCCCAGAUCCCCCCGUUUCAUCGCUCUCUGUCGCACCUCCAUCUGUACCUCAGCAGCCUCAGAGGCCGACCCCGAGCAGCUGCAGCGAGAGCAGCACGCACGAUCUGUGCUGAGGGAGAGCUUCCUCCGGUGUCUGCUCUCCAUGACCGACAAGAAGGUCCAGUUUCACAUGCACGAGAAGGUGAAGGUGGCGGCCACGUUUGGAGCGUCUGACAUCGACGUGCUGAACUUUCAGGUGUCGAACUUGCACACGCCCAUCGGGGUGCAAAAAGAGGCGCUCAUCCGGUGUCAGGAUGUGAUUUCAUUUACUUUUGAUGCAUGAACACCUGAGGAUUUGUUUCCUGUUUGAACAGAACUCAGUAUUUUGGAUGAAGAGGCACUUGGAAAUCUCAUUUGUUGUUACAAGUGGGAUCUAUUUUCACAUUUUGUUAGAAAUUGUUAUAAGAUUUUUUUUGCUGCACUGUGUUUUUCAUCAGAUCAUAGUGAAGUGAAGUCUAAAGAGCCUACUCUAACAAGCAGUCCCCCCUUUUCACCACAAGAGGGAGGCCACAUCCCUGUUUUUCAAGGUAAACGUCAAAUCCUGACACGAGAGCCUGUUAAUAAAGUUUGCUCUAGUUGAAAAAAAUAGUGACCAAAGAACUUGUAAUGUAAUUGUUAUAUUGCUGAGAUUUACUGUUGCUUUCAGAAUAUCUUCGUCCAUGAGACCAUCUUGAGAAAAAUCUUGGUAAUGCAUCUGAUGGCUGGGCGAGUAGAAGCAUUGUGUUUAUUUAUGGUGCCUUUAAGAAGUGGAAAUCUAACAAUCAAAGCAAAAUAUCUCCCCAUAUUUAUCCUUGCGUCACAACGACUCAGAUCAUCACUUCUUUCUUCCCGUGUGAGAUGGUGUUCGAGUGGACAACUGUAUCUUGUGUUUAUUGAACUGUUGUGAAACAAAGGAACCGUUGCACUAUUUUGUUUUUUCAGAAUUAACUACUUUUGCAUUCAAGUAUACGAGUGUUGUUUUGUAUUACACCUUAAAAGAUGUAUGAUUGAUUAAACUGAACAAACCCCCA